UGUUUGGCUGUGCUCUUGAGCAUGAACUUGGUUACAUCCUGCAGAGGGUACUAGCCAGACUCAAGCUGAGCAUGACUCUGAGGUCAUGGCAGGGUCAUUAUGAUGGCUAAUUUUGGGUGUUAGCCUAACAGGAUGAAGAAACACUUGGCCAUGCAUGACUUCCGAGUGCCUAGAGGCUGUCUCUGGAGGAGAGUGGUGGGAUGGAAAGGUCUGCCACCAACAUGGAAGACAGUGUUCAAUGGAAUAGGGUCCUGGAGCAAGCAAAAAGGCAGAGAGUGAAUUCCUCUCUCCCAGGACUGCCCUUGGACACCAGAACUCUAGACUCUCUGGCUUUGGGACUCCAGCGCCCACUCCAGCAGCUCUUGAACUCUCCAGCUUUCAGCCUUGGACUGGGAAUCACACCAAGUUUUUCUGGUUCUGAGGCCUUUAGGCUUGGACUGGACCGCACAGCUGCCUAGUAGGGUCUCUAUCUGGCAGAGGCCCAUCAUCGCACCGAUGAACCUCCAAAAUCACGACGAAGAUGAGACGCUACAAGCUCUUUCUCAUGUUCUGUAUGGCCGGCCUGUGCCUCAUCUCCUUCCUCCACUUCUUUAAGACCUUGUCCUAUGUCACCUUCCCCAGAGAACUGGCCUCCCUCAGCCCUAACCUGGUAUCCAGCUUCUUCUGGAACAAUGCCCCUGUCACUCCCCAGGCCAGUCCGGAGCCGGGUGGCGCCGACCUGUUGCGGACCCCACUCUACUCCCACUCCCCCUUGCUCCAGCCACUGUCCCCCAGCAAGGCCACCGAGGAACUGCACCGAGUGGACUUCUUCUUGUCGGAGGACACCACUGAAUAUUUUGUGCGCACCAAAGCCGGUGGUGUCUGCUUCAAACCAGGUACCAAGAUGCUGGAGAAACCUUCUUCAGGGCGCACGGAAGAGAAGCCUGAGGUGGCUGAGGGCUCCUCGGCCCGCGGCCCUGCUCGGAGGCCCAUGCGGCACGUGUUGAAUGCGCGGGAGCGGCCGGGUAGCCGGGGCACUAGGCGCAAGUGGGUUGAGUGUGUGUGCCUGCCAGGCUGGCACGGGCCCAGCUGUGGGGUGCCCACGGUGGUGCAGUAUUCCAACCUGCCCACCAAGGAGCGCCUGGUACCCAGGGAGGUGCCCAGGCGGGUUAUCAAUGCCAUCAACAUCAACCACGAGUUUGACCUCCUGGAUGUGCGUUUCCACGAGCUGGGCGAUGUGGUGGACGCCUUCGUGGUGUGCGAGUCCAACUUCACCGCCUACGGGGAGCCGCGGCCGCUCAAGUUCCGAGAGAUGCUGACCAACGGCACCUUCGAGUACAUCCGCCACAAGGUGCUCUACGUCUUUCUGGACCACUUCCCACCCGGUGGCCGGCAGGACGGCUGGAUCGCAGACGACUACCUGCGCACCUUCCUCACCCAGGAUGGUGUCUCCCGCUUGCGCAACCUGCGGCCAGAUGAUGUCUUCAUCAUCGACGACGCAGACGAGAUCCCGGCGCGUGAUGGUGUGCUAUUUCUCAAGCUCUACGACGGCUGGACCGAGCCCUUUGCUUUCCACAUGCGCAAGUCCCUGUACGGCUUCUUCUGGAAGCAACCGGGCACGCUGGAGGUGGUGUCGGGCUGCACUGUGGACAUGUUGCAGGCCGUGUAUGGACUGGAUGGCAUCCGCCUGCGCCGUCGCCAGUACUACACCAUGCCCAACUUCCGACAGUAUGAGAACCGCACAGGCCACAUCCUAGUGCAGUGGUCCCUUGGCAGUCCCCUGCACUUUGCGGGCUGGCAUUGCUCCUGGUGCUUCACGCCUGAGGGCAUCUAUUUCAAGCUUGUGUCGGCUCAGAAUGGCGACUUCCCACGCUGGGGAGACUAUGAGGACAAGAGGGACCUCAAUUACAUCCGCAGCUUGAUUCGCACCGGGGGCUGGUUCGACGGCACACAGCAGGAGUACCCUCCCGCAGACCCCAGCGAGCACAUGUAUGCUCCCAAAUACCUGCUCAAGAACUAUGACCAGUUCCGCUACCUGCUGGACAACCCAUACCGGGAGCCAAAGAGCACUGUGGAGGGUGGGCGCCGGAACCUGGGCUCCGAGGGAAGGUCACCUGCUGCCAGGGGCAAGUUGGAUGCAGUGGAGGGCUAGGGCUGGGUAGGCUGGGGUGAUGGCUACCCCAGUUUUAUCUUUGGCCUCCUCAUGUCCCUGGGGGCUCUUGAGAGAGCCAGGAGUCAUGGUAGGUGGUUCUCUCUGCUCAAGCCCUCUGGAAUUAAGGGUCAGGCCUUUUAGCCCAAAACAGAAAAGAAAAAUUAAUCUUUUCCAGUAGAGAA